AUGGGUCAAGUCUUCUUCCUUAUCUACAAAUUUUGGCAUUAUGUUGUUUUAAGAUUUGCACAAGAGGAUUUUUAUCACUGCGUUGCGGCAGCGAGAGUGAAUGGAGAUGAGUUGGAAAAAGGUGUAGCAGCGCUUCGCCAAAAUGUUACUAAGCUGGAAAAUUGUCUCAAAACAUAUCAAAAACAAGGCGACGAUGACUCAUUUGUUGAAGUGAUGUCUCCUUUCUUAUCGAAAGCUCAAGGAGAGUUGGAUAUCAUAACUACGCUGCACAGCAAAAUGAAAUCUGACUGGGCAAACUUCUCCAAAUAUUAUGCGUUUGACACAAAGAAGUACCCUAUGGAACAGUUCUUUGCAGAUAUGAAGACGUUUAAAGAACAGUACGAGGGUGUUUAUCGAGAACUAGAGAUGGAGAGGCUAAGAGCCGAGAAGGAGUCUGAAGAUUUUUGCCCACUUUCAGGGAGGGCUGCUUUGCAACGUCAGCGAUCACGAGGAGCAGAUUUUCUUCUCCGGGAGGCCCUAGAGAACGGUAGCGUCAGUGCUUAUGCUCCUCGUACGCCGUUAUCUGUUAUACCACCUGCUCCUGAGAAG